AGCUCUUAUUCUCUGUCCAGUGACGACGUCGUCCUUGGAUUCCAAAGGGAACUAGGCGAACUAGGCGCCAAUCUACCAAAUUGAAUGUCGAAUCCUUCAUUAUGAACAAUACUGAUCUUGAUCCUCUGGGUCGGCCUUCGAGCCUCGGCGGACCCGUUCAUGCCGGGUGGACGGCCUUGGAUCAAUCCGAAGGCCUCUCGGGUUUGAAUCAGGCUUUGCGGGCCCGCCUCGAGCCCGCCUCACUUUUGCCAGCACGUUUAGCCCGAUCCAGCCGGAAAUUGGAGGGCGAGUAUCAAUUUCAGCGAAUGCGAUACCUACGGGCCAAAGUGGGCGUGAUAGGCUUGGAGCAGCUGUGGUUAAAUUGGGCAAUGGGGGCGGAACAAGAAACUCUGACCAAUGAGGAGUAUCAGGCUCUCAAGUAUCUGAAAGAAGGACUGAGCUCGACUCAAAUUUCGGAUUAUAUAUCUCUCUUAUCUGAGGAUUCUGUCACCCGACCUCUCAUGGGUCUGGAUUCUGAGCCCAAGGUGAACUGGCCGAUCAAAGUGCGGGCUUUUAUCGCUCAAAGAUGGACAGACUGCCUUUUCCAGCAUGGCUUGGCCGUUAUUCGGCCUUUGGGAUUGGAUAUCUUGCCGAGCGAGUCAGACCUUGCUCUAAAAGAGCUGAGAUAUGAGCGGAUGAAGGGUGUGUCUGAGCACAUUCGGAAUGAAAAAGAGAUGUUGGCCCAAUUUGAGGACCAGACCAUUACCGAUGAUAUCACGUCCAGGGAAUUGAAGUUACUAGAGAACAUGUUGAAGAACCUCGGGAUAUUGGACACUUUGGGUCGUCGAUUGAAAAUGGGCGAGCAGGCUUACAUGGAUCAAGUGAACAUCCGAUAUCUGUCUUUGAAAUGCAAGACCUUGGUCUUCAAAGUCAAAUGUUUGGAGCUGGAAAUCCUGACCUCUACUUACAAAUCCGGAUCUUUACCGGCACUUAAGAAGAUCAGAAAUCACCUCAGCGAAUCAAUCUCGCAGACAAACGCAGAAAUUCAACGCGUAACCUCCAGUUUGGCUCAAUAUACCUCGGCUGGUUCGGAAUUCGAAGAGGUUGUUAUUGAGUAUGUCAAAGUUUUGGAAGAGAUUCAGGGCAAGAAAUGGGCGCUGGCCGAAUUGAAGAAUUCUUCUUAGUCGAUACAUUUUAUAAAAUCCUAAACAUCUUUUUAAUCUUUGAAAUAGUAUGUAUCCCUAUCGUUUA